AGGGAAAAAAAAGAAAGAAAGAAAAAAUAAUAAAAAACAUGUAAAGAGUUAAAAAAUAAAACGGAUAUUGUGAGAAAUUCUUGUGUCUACCGAAUCAACUCGGAUAAAAGGAUAAAAAGCUCUGAGAAUCUUUUGGAUAAAUUGCUAAGAUCCGAAAAGAAACUCUCGCCGUCGCCGGUGAAUUUUUUCAGAAUCCUUAAUUUACACGCUAUCGACAUCCUUUUCCGUCCACUUCCAAGUCUCCUACCGAGGACGGUCAAGAAAACAAAAAAGAAAAAAAAAAAAAAAAAAAUUUAAAGGUUUUCGAUGCGUUGACCUUGGAUCUGAUCCCUGCGGAGGUUAUCUUCUCUUGGGAUUCGGAGUUACUCCUAAAGUUAGAAAUUUUGAGUCAUGAGCUUGGCGUGCAUCGCGUGCCACAGCGUAGACAGUCCAACACAUUCUUUCCGUAGUUACUCUGUUUCAAGCUCAGAGGGUGAAGGGCGAUGUGGGACUAUAGUUAACUACUUGACCCGAAAGGUCCCUGCAAACAACACGACACGGUCUAAAGUCACUCCGAUCUCAAACAUGGCAGGAACUCAAGGCAUUCCAGCAACACCUCGCCUCGUGAGGAGCUGUGCAGUUCCGAGAGACCUUGUACGAGACUGGAAUUUCGAUGAGCUUGUCGAAUCUUAAACAUCAUUGAUGAAGUCAAAGCUUAGUUAAAGGACCCAUCUUUACUCUGCCUUUAGAUCUAGGUGAAAGGGGGUUCGAUGUGCAUAUCAUCUUCCGUUAAUUGCUGGCAGAAGAGACCUAUGGCUAAGAUUUUUUUAUCAGCACCUAUACAUCCUGAUGUCGAAAUGGAGUUAGCUCUCUGUUAUCUGUACUAGUAACGUGGGCGUCACAUAAAAUCAUUUCAGCGUGUUGCGAGAAAUAUCUUAUAUUCUCUUAUGUGUGUUGAAAAUGCCCCUCUUAUAGUAGGCACGAGUACCAGAUGAAUAACUCUAUUUGGACAUCAUGGGUCUAAAUGGUAAUAAAAUGUCCAGGAAGUGUAGAAACCCCUAUUGUAUAGGGCUAUAUCUACAACGAAUCCUAUCACAUCUUAAUCUUCCACCAUUUCUUCGCUAUUUUUUGCUGUUUGUGUUCUCUGUUUUCAUAUGGAGUCUGUAAGAAAAUACGCGAGUAAGUGUAGCAGUGGCGACAUAAUUUUGUUAGAGCCCCUGUACAUUAAAAUAAUGCUAAGCUGACUUACAUUGCACUUACUAUCUACUCCAUGCGGUUCCUUGUAAUCAUUUCAUAGCUCCUGGUAAGCUAAUGGAUUCUUAUUUUUGA